CAGCUGGAGGCUGCGUGGGAUCCGGCGGCGGCUCCGGAGCUCGGCGGUGCGGCCUUCCCCGCCCCCUCCCUCCUCCCCCGCCCGCUUCCGCCCGUCUUAUUAUCCUCCUUAUUGACAAAUAGAGCGGCCGCGGCGGCGACUCUCGGCGUGCGUUUGUAGCCAAGCCAUGGGAGACAAGAAGAGCCCCACCAGGCCGAAGCGGCAGCCGAAGCCGUCCUCGGAUGAAGGUUACUGGGACUGUAGCGUCUGCACCUUCCGGAACAGCGCCGAGGCCUUCAAGUGCAUGAUGUGCGAUGUGCGGAAGGGCACCUCCACCCGAUCCACAUUCUUUGAAGUUAUUGUGAAUGCCUCGAGGACCAAGGGACCGUUGAAAUUUCCAAUUUCAGGAAGGAAACCUCGGCCUGUCUCCCAGUUGGUUGCACAGCAGGUUACUCAGCAGUUUGUGCCCCCUACACAGUCAAAGAAAGAGAAAAAAGAUAAAGUAGAAAAAGAAAAAAGUGAAAAGGAAACAACUAGCAAAAAGAACAGUCAUAAGAAAACCAGGCCAAGAUUGAAAAAUGUGGAUCGGAGUAGUGCUCAACAUUUGGAAGUUACCGUUGGAGAUCUGACAGUCAUUAUUACAGACUUUAAGGAGAAAACGAAGUCACCGCCCGCAUCUAGUGCUGCUUCUGCAGAUCAACACAGUCAGAGUGGCUCCAGUUCUGAUAACACAGAGAGGGGAAUGUCCAGGUCAUCUUCACCCAGAGGAGAAGCCUCAUCAUUGAACGGAGAAUCUCAUUAAAGUUUAUUUUCUCCAAUUUCCUAGUCACUUCUGUCAUACCAUGCAAAUACACAGAUUAUGCCAAGAAGUACCACAUUUUCAUGACAAACAUAUUCAUGCACAAUCCAUAAUUUGCAUUUUACAUAAAAUAGAAAUUUGUUAGAUUUUAUUGCAGUCUAUGCCUACCAAACAUUUCCAGACUUAACAUUUUGGUCUCCACAGUUAAAGGUGCCAUGAAAAUGUGGUUGAAUUACUCAUUAUGCAGUGUUAUUGGUAAGUCUAUUUUCACUUUUAGUUUAGUGAAUUCUAACACAUAAUUCUUGAAUUCUCUACUAUUGGCAUGUAACGAAUUUAAAUUUUUAUAACAUAGUGCAAGCUGCCUAAAUAUGUAUUAUUUGAGAAUUGUGAAACAAAUAGUUAUAUGUAUACAAGUCAAAAAUCAACUUAAUCAGCUGUUGAUACAACAGAAUUUUCUUAAUGGUUAUCCUCUUAAAUACACCUGCUGGUACUUGGUGUGGUUAAAUAGGAAGAUUGUUAUUAAAUAAAGAAUUUGUAUGAACCAUU